AUGAAUGCAGCUAAUUGUGGUAAUGAUGUGGUUGCAGGUAUUGGUGAAUCAAGCGGAUUUUUACAAGGAAACCUAAAGGAACAGGUGGUACUAAAUCGAAGGCCCAAGAAUAAGACAGAAGAUGUCAUUAGGUGCAGCUCUCGUGAGCAUAAGAAAAUGUGGAAGGUAUUGGAAAAUGAGGAUGGUGAAAUGAUUUGUCUGAUGCGUAUUACAGUUUGGACACAACCAAGAGAUUCAAGCCCUGCAAUGGCAUACACUGUCCAAGGAGAAUCUUCCUCAACCACUUCUGCUUUUAAUUCCACUCCAACUUGGAAAUAUGAUGUUUUCUUGAGUUUUACAGGAAAAGACACUCGCUUGAAGUUUACAGAUCACUUAUAUGAUGCUCUCACAAGAAGUGGGAUCAUGGCUUUUAAGGAUGAUAAAGAACUUGAGAGAGGAGAAGUUAUAUCAGAACAGCUCAGUCGAGCAAUUAAGGAUUCCCUCUGUGCAGUUGUCAUUCUCUCUGAAAAUUAUGCGUGUUCCACAUGGUGUUUGGAUGAAUUACAAAAAAUUCUUGAAGGCAGGAGUGAAAUGGGUCUACAAGUUUUUCCCAUCUUCUAUGAUGUGGAUCCAUCUAAUGUAAGACAUCAAAGAAAAUGUUUCAAAAGAGCUUUAGCAAAACAUGAAGAGAGAUUUAAGAAAAGCAAUGAUAAAGUGCAGGAUUGGAGAAAGGCUUUGUUUGAAAUUAGCAACUGA